AUGCGUGGAUUCACUGCACAAAAACGGGAUAAAAAGCUGAAAGGUGGAUUGGUGGAUACCGCCUCGGAGGUGGCAUUAGGCCCCAUUUCACCUGACUGGCGCUCCUCUGGCGCGCUCGCCGGAGGCUCCUCUGACGGAUUCUGGCACUCAUCUGUCUCCUCGCUGACAUCAUUGUGGGAAGGACUAGACCUACCGUUCGAAGUCGAAGAGGCCACCCUACGGCAGCGGCUACCACCACCGCAACCGCCGCCGCCCCCGCCGCCGCCGCCGCCGCCGCUGCCGCCACCGCCGCCGCCGCCGCUGCCGCCACCGCCGCCGCCGCCGCUGCCGCCACCGCCGCCGCAGCCGCUGUCGCCACCACCGCCGCCGCCGCCGCCGCCGCUGCCGCCACCGCCGCCGCAGCCGCUGUCGCCACCACCGCCGCCGCCGCCGCUCCCGCACCCGUCUGCCGCGUCCACCCCAGUGUCUCCCGACGUUGUAGAGGCCACCCUACGGCGGCGGCUACCACCACCGCCACCGCCGCUGCCGCUGCCACCGCCGCCGCAACCGCCACCGCCGCCGCCGCCGCCGCCACCGCCGCCGCCGCCGCCGCCGCCGCCACCGCCACCGCCGCCGACGCCGCAGCCGCUGCCGCCACCGCAGCCGCCGCCGCUGCCGCCACCACCGCCGCCGCCGCUCCCGCGCCUGCCGCCGCCGCCGCUCCCGCACCCGUCUGCCGCGUUCGCCCCUGUGUCUCCCGACGUUGUAGAGGCCACCCUACGGCGGCGGCUACCACCACCGCCACCGCCGCUGCCGCUGCCACCGCCGCCGCAACCACCACCGCCGCCGCCGCCGCCGCCACCGCCGCCGCCGCCGCCGCCACCGCCGCCGCCACCGCCGCCGCCGCCCCGCCGCCGCUGCCGCCACCACCGCCGCCGCCGCUCCCGUUUUUUUGUUGUUGUAGAGGCCACCCUACGGCAGCGGCAACCGCCGCCGCCCCCGCCGCCGCCGCCGCCGCCGCCGCCGCUGCCGCCACCGCCGCCGCCGCCGCUGCCGCCACCGCCGCCGCCGCCGCUGCCGCCACCGCCGCCGCCGCCGCUGCCGCCACCGCCGCCGCAGCCGCUGUCGCCACCACCGCCGCCGCCGCCGCCGCCGCUGCCGCCACCGCCGCCGCAGCCGCUGUCGCCACCACCGCCGCCGCCGCCGCUCCCGCACCCGUCUGCCGCGUCCACCCCAGUGUCUCCCGACGUUGUAGAGGCCACCCUACGGCGGCGGCUACCACCACCGCCACCGCCGCUGCCGCUGCCACCGCCGCCGCAACCGCCACCGCCGCCGCCGCCGCCGCCACCGCCGCCGCCGCCGCCGCCGCCACCGCCGCCGCCGCCGCCGCCGCCGCCGCCACCGCCACCGCCGCCGACGCCGCAGCCGCUGCCGCCACCGCAGCCGCCGCCGCUGCCGCCACCACCGCCGCCGCCGCUCCCGCGCCUGCCGCCGCCGCCGCUCCCGCACCCGUCUGCCGCGUUCGCCCCAUGCACAAAUGAUACCACAGUUUGGCCAGUGCUGUUCAUGUCGAUAUUUUCAAAAAAGUUUGAAUUAGAGAAUAUCGCGAGAAUUCACCGGUAG